AUGAGAGACUUUGCUUCUUGUUUUAGUGAAUAUACAGUUCAGGUAUCUGAUACUUCAUGUUCUAGUUAUUCAAAAAAUUCUUGCACGUCUCCUGGCCUGAUCCCUUCAAUUCAAAAUGCAGUCACAUGUCUCUACAGAACAAUUCUCUCUACUCAGAAGCAAUUCUUGAUCUCAGCCACAUGGUACAAGAAUAAUAUUUCUCAAGGCCUAAAUAUUACCUUUGGUAAUGAUCCAUCAACUGCCAUUAAACUCAACUCCAAUUUGAGGUUAUUCAGAAAGCUUAAAGGCAGUAAAUCCCUUGAAUUCGACAACUCAAAAAUUGAAGUUUUCUGGGAUUUUUCAACAGCCAGAUACCACACAGGUCCUGAACCCGUUGAUGGAUAUUAUGUUUUUCUCACUGUUGAUUCUGAACUCGGCUUAAUUCUUGGUGAUAUGGGUGAAGAAGCAUCAAUAAAAAAGCUCAACUCCGGUACUCAAAUGGCUAAAUUCUCUUUAGUUUCUCGGCAAGAACAUAUUUCUGGCAGCUCCCUAUAUUCAACCAAGGCUAAAUUUUGUGAAAACGGCGCUGCUCAUGAUAUUUCGAUACGUUGCAGUGGAGAAAACGAAGGCCUAAAGCAUUCGGUUCUAACAGUUUGUAUUGAUAAGAAGAUGGUGAUUCGUGUAAAGAGGCUACAAUGGAAUUUUAGAGGAAAUCAGAUUAUUUUUCUUGAUGGUUUGCUUGUCGAUCUCUUGUGGGAUGUUCAUGAUUGGUUUUUCAAUCCUGCAGCCUCAGGUUAUGCAGUGUUUUUGUUCAGAACAAGAAGUGGAAUGGGUAGCAGAUUGUGGUUAGAAGAGAAAUUGGAUGAAGAAAAAGAUGAAUUCUCAUUAAUGAUCUACGCCUAUCCAGCUCCACUGCCCUUCUUCUCCGACUCCGCAGUAGCUCCAACUCCUCCAUCGACUUCUCCACUCGAAGAUCCAGCUCCACUGCCCUUCUUCUCCGACUCCGCAGCAGCCCCAACUCCUACAGUCUCCGACUUCGAAGCUGCAGCUGCAGCCCAUCUCCUCCAAGCUCUAGGUCCGCCUCAGCUAGCCUCUGAAAUCUGA